AUGUCAAUAGAAAAGGAACCCUUGGGUGAUGAUUAUUGUCGUCGCAAAGUUUUAUUAGCUUACAAUCCAAAUUCAAUUACAAAUUCUCAACAUUUUUAUGAGUGGGCACUUUCAAACAUUUUUCGACCAAACUUGGACCACGUAUACUUAGUUUCAGUCAUCAAUACAAUAAAACAAUAUUACCCCAAAAACGAUAUGUGGGCGUUCGGUUUAGGUAGUUAUCCAAAUAUUGACUUCAAUUUUUUGGACGGUGAAUAUCAAAAUAAUAUUAAGAAUGAGCAAGAACGUGCUAAUAAUUUAUUAAAGGUUAUUUCUUGUGAAUUAACCCGAAGAAAUAUUACAAGUAAAGUGAUUAUUGCAAAAGAAGAUGUACGCGAAGCAUUAGUAAAUAUUUGUAAAUCCGUUAAACCCGAUAUAAUCUUAGUUGCUUCCGCUUCCAAGCGAUCAAAAAUCCUAUUAAAAAGUCCUGUUUUGAAACAUGUCAGAAAACACAUGAAAGAUAUCCCUGUGAUAACUGAUGUCGAUGAUGACUUGCAUCGAAAGCAUAAAAAUAACAAGGUCAGCGAGCCGAAAGUUUCAAAGCAAAAAAUUUCUCGCGUAAUUAAGAAAAUAAAGCAACAAUUAAGGUCUGGUACCGAUGUUGAGCCUCUUGUUGCUUCAAACAUUACCUAUCAUAAACUAGAUUAA